CAGCUCGGUGACGGAGGAGGAAGAUUUCAGCUGCGGUUUAAAUACUGGAGCAGCCUUCAGCGGAGGAUCGAAGAUGAGAUAUCAGCGCGGCAGAACGAGGCUCAGUGUUUCCGAGGAUGACUUGAUUUGCGGACAGACCGUAGAACAGUAAAUCUGUAGAGGACGUUUAGCUGGACCAUUUGGAUGGAGCAAAGAUCACGGAGCGACGAGCGACGUCAUAAAUAAUUUGCAGACCAUGAACUAUGUGGGUCAGCUGGCGGGCCAGGUGUUUGUGCAGGUCAAGGAGCUGUACAGAGGACUCAACCCUGCGACACUGUCUGGAUGUAUAGACGUCAUCGUGGUCCGGCAGCCCGAUGGCUCCCUGCAGUGCUCCCCCUUCCACGUCCGCUUCGGCAAGAUGGGUGUGCUGCGGUCCCGUGAGAAAGUGGUGGACAUAGAGAUUAAUGGAGAGCCUGUGAGUUUGCACAUGAAGCUGGGAGAGAAUGGAGAGGCCUUCUUCGUCAAAGAGACCGAGAACAAACUGGAGGUGGUUCCGUCCUACCUGGCAACAUCACCUAUCAUGUCAAUGGGGGAAGAGUUGAUGGCAUCCCAGCUGGGCAGGGGCAGCUCUCGUCACCUCGACAACAUCCCCUGCAGCUCACUUCCUGUCCAGAGCCUGUUGCCACAGCAGGGUGAUGGAGGGAUGACCAAGAAGAGGAGGAAGCGGAGGAGGAAGGCACGACCAGAGGGAGGAGGAGGAGGAGGAGGAAGGAGGGAGGAGAGUGGAGAAGAGUUCUCAGAGGACGAGGACAUGUUCACGAUUGACUUGAGCACGGAUGAGGAGAGAGAAGGGGACAGCGACAGACCUGUGUACGGUGAUCAGUCUGCAGCCAAAAGCCACACACACCCCAGCACCGACUGGAUUCGUUCACAGAGUAAUGUGAUUAAGGAAAGUCUCUCCAUUCCUGCACCCUGUGGUCUGUCCAUCUCUUGUCCUCAGCAGACAUCUCACUUCUCUUCACUUAUUAGCAGCCCAGAUGAUUCACGGUCAUCGACGCCAAAAAGUGACUCAGAAUUAACCAACCAGACUAAGGACAACCCUGAGAUGCUGUGGACCUGGGGGGAGCUGCCACAGGCUGCUCAGCCGUCUUUCCUGAUCUCACACCAGAAGCAGGAUUCUGCAACAUCAGUCUCCAUCCCUGUGUCUGACAGCACUCACUUCAGAGCCAUCAGUGACACCGGACCAUCCUCCCUCGUUCUAUACACAACGGAGUCAGGGGAAACCACUGCUCACAGUGGGGACAAGGGUGCUACAGAGAACAGAAGUGGAGGCAGGGUUGGACUGACUGUUAAGUCUGGAGGACAACAAGUGAGAGAGGUGGAAAGUGUUGGGCCCUUGAGCGCAGAGAUGGAGGGUUUAACAGCAUCCUCAAUGUCUGUGAGAAUUCUCCCGGAUCAUCUGGAGGCUGAGGGCAGGAACAGAGGGAGUCCCAUCAGAAGGACCGAUUCACCAUCCAAGAGGAAAGAAAAGAGAAGUCAGCACCUGGGUGCUGACGGCAUUUACCUGGAUGACAUUACAGAGCUGGAGCCUGAAGUAGCCGCUCUCUACUUCCCCAAAAGUGACGGCGGCAGCAGCUCCAUGAAGGGGGACUCAGAGAUGAUGAUGGUGGGUGUGCGGAGCGCUAAUCAGUCCCCACAGUCGGUGGGCAGCAGCGGGAUGGACAGCGGCGUGGACAGUUUGUCGGACCAAAUGGGUGACCUGCCUCAUGUCGCCAUCUCUUUGUGCGGAGGACUCACUGACAACAAGGAGAUCACAAAAGAGCAGUUCUUGGAGAGGGCAGUUUCCUACCAGCAGUUCUCUGAAAACCCUUCUCUUAUUGACGACCCAAACCUGGUGGUCAAGAUAGGAAACAAGUACUACAACUGGAACACAGCAGCUCCGGUCAUGUUGGCCAUGCAGGUCUACCAGAAACCCCUACCGCAGUGUUGGUGCUUGAGUUAUGUGUUUUCUGCUUUUGGCCUCUUCUCAUACUGCCUCCCUGGUCUGUUUGGCUCCAGCCCUUCCCAGCCUGCCUCAGUGGAGAACAUAAUGAAGGAGAAGAUGCCAAAGAAAGGUGGACGCUGGUGGUUCUCAUGGAGAAGCAAGAACAGUGAUUCCAAGUCUGAAUCAGUAACAGAUUCGGGAGGAGACCGAGGAGAGAGUUCGCUCACUAUGGCCUCAGUAAACAGGUUGAAGGAUGAAUCAUCCUCUAGUGACGAGGACCACAGAUCGUCCAAUCAGGUGUCGGGAUCUUGUCAGUCAGAGUCCCUCGACCAGAUUUCUGGCAGCGUUUGUUAUAAGAAGACUCUUCGACUCACCUCAGAGCAGCUGGCCAGCCUGCAGCUGAAGGAGGGUCCUAAUGAUGUGGUGUUCAGCGUGACCACUCAGUAUCAAGGCACCUGUCGCUGCCACGGCACAAUCUAUCUUUGGAGCUGGGAUGACAAGAUAAUCAUUUCCGAUAUAGAUGGAACCAUCACAAGGUCCGACACUCUGGGUCACAUUCUGCCCACGCUGGGUAAAGACUGGACCCAUCAGGGUAUUGCACGACUCUACCACAAAGUCAGCCUGAAUGGAUAUAAAUUCAUGUACUGCUCAGCAAGAGCCAUUGGCAUGGCUGAUAUGACGCGAGGCUACCUGCACUGGGUCAACGAGAGGGGAACUAUGCUGCCAAUGGGCCCAGUGCUGCUCAGCCCCAGCAGCCUUUUUUCUGCCCUGCACAGGGAGGUGAUUGAGAAGAAACCAGAGAAGUUUAAGAUCGAGUGUCUUACAGACAUCAAGCACCUUUUCUACCCGAACACUGAGCCAUUCUACGCUGCUUUUGGCAACAGAGCCACGGAUGUGUAUUCCUAUAAGGAGGUAGGAGUUCCUCUGAACAGGAUUUUCACCGUUAAUCCCAAGGGAGAGCUGAUCCAGGAGCACGCCAAAACCAAUAUCUCCUCUUAUGGGCACCUGUGUGACAUGGUCGACCACGUCUUCCCAGUUCUGGUUCAAGACGAGGAGGCAGACUUCCACCGUUCUGAAGCUUUUGACCAGUGCAACUACUGGAACAAACAGCUUCCUGGCACCAGUCAGGAAGAAGAAGAGGAACCACAGCCUAUUGAGACGAGCUGAGGAAACUCCAUCAGAUCAAUGAUGGAGGUUGCUGCUUUCUCCACAUCACAGACAGACGUGACACUGUGGUCAGUGGAUUUGUGAUUCAUCAUAAAACCGGCAGCCCAGCUAAAGUGUAGAUCUUGAAGAUUUUAGAAUUGAAAACCGUGUGGGGAAACAUCUGUGAAGCUUUUCCUAACAUGGUAAAUGAGAGCAGCUUCUUAACUCAAAUACGAUACUCAAUAUAAGUAAUUGCAACUACUGAUUCGCAGUCGAUGAAUGUUUGUAACAUCCCACAUGAACAGAUUGCUGUAUAUCAUUCAGCAAUGAGAAUAUAAGCAGUUCUAGAAACUAAGAUGAAAAGAGAGCACUAAUGAGAAAAAACAAGACUUCUUAGGGUCCGUAUACAUAUGAGACUGUUGUUUUAUAAAGAAUGUAAGAAAUAGGAAUUUUCCAGAAUAAGGACAUCAAAUUUCCUGAUGAAUUUAAAACAGCUGUUUGGGAGUGAAGCUAACAAGUAGUUCUUCCUGAUCAGGGUUCAUCACAGGGUUAAAGCCUCACAUAUCACACAUUUGCAAGUGCACUGACUCACAAACACAUACACAGAAAUGAAACUUGUAAAAGGCAUUCCAUAACCAACGCACAGCACUACAGAACCUAACAUCCCUUUAGCUCUCUGAGAGAUUCCUUCAAGUGGUCAUCGUUCUCUCCUUCAGCCAACACCAGUUCCCACUUAGAGUGGCUGAUAGGAAACCAUUAUGCACGUGAUUAACAAAAUAAUUGUGAAACUGUUGGUACAGAAUUCAUUUAUAUCCUCAUUUAGGAAAGAAUAUUCAUAUUCACCAGUUAUUAAGCAGAGAUUUAGAAUCUUGCUUGCAGUUGUUACUGAUCCACGUGUGUGGCUGGUAAUCUCUUCUGACCUCAAGCAAAAUGGACGUUUUGCACCAGAAACCCCACAUUACAUUACAGUGAAACCAUCCAGAGCAUGCAAAAAUAGCACAGGUAGUGUAUGCAGACAUCUUCUGUGCCAGACUCCUUUGCAGGUACAGCUAAAUGUGUGUGGUCUGUUGACCAUGUUACUGUGAAGCAUACGGCCAUGGCACAUUUUACAGUGUUCAGCAACUACGUAUAUUCAAGAAACAUGCAGGACAAUGCAACUAACUUCAGUCUGUGUUAUUUCUCUCUGUGUUUUUACAUGUACAAUUAAAGGAACUCCAGCAAUGAUGCUAGAAUGUAAUGUAUAUAAAUCACUCACUCACUCUAUUCAAACGACUAAUGCUCAUCAAUGCAACUAUUUUAUAAACUCAUAUAGGAGUAAGAUUUUCAGUUUUGUAAUGAUGUUACUGCACAGAUCAGUAUAUGUAUAGCACUAAUCUGUCCUGUAGUUGAGAAGUAAAUGUAGUAUAUUCAGAUGUAAGAAUUUCUCAUCAGAAACAUCUAUUUUUUUUUUGUAGUUUGUACGUAUUUUUUUUCCAUCUGUUAUCAGAUGUUUGUGUUUUCUUCCACUGAUCAAAUAACAUCUACUGAACCGCAUGAAUGCAAGAUGGAAGCCUGUGUGUGUUUAUUUGUGUAACUUAAAUUGGGGGAAAUCACUGUAAAUUAUGACUUUUUUUGACCACAUGAAGUGAGUUUCUUUUAAAUUGUCUAAAACACCCUCUUACUGGUGCUCUUUCAAAUGUUCUUGCAGCUGUUUUAUGCUUUACUGUAAAUCCUCCUUUUUCAAAAACCGUCGGCCUCACGUUGCACUGCGAGGCGGCGUUCUCACCAUUUAACCACUGAAGCAAUAGAUCCAUGCGCAGUAUUUAUGAAAUCCAGUAAAUGGGUUGAUUGCCUAUUUUUUCUUCUAAUGUCAGGUGUUAAAUUUGUCAUUUUGCUUCGUUUGGUGCCUCCAGUUUGAUGUGGGCAUAACUUCAUUUCAAACUACAUUAUGUUUGCAUCAUACAGAAUGGCAACAGCAAAUAAAUGAAUCACUCUCAAGUUUAGUUUGCAUUUAACUGCCAUAUUUGUUCCCUAUUUUAUUAAUGUGUCCUGUGUUGAAAACAUGCUAGAAUGCAGUUAACACACCCUCUGACUGAUUGUGACUGAACCUGUUAAACUGCUAUAUACUGUCUGUACAUAGGAUAGACGCUCUGUGUCUGAUGCCGUACUGUGAUCGACUAAUCAGACCUUUAACUGAAUCUAAAAACGUUGAUGUUCACAUGCCCUUGGAGAAAGCUAAGUGUAAUUUAUGUACAAAAAAAGACAAAGGACGCAUGCUGUUGUAAAAUUAAGAUGCGUAUUUACGUGGGUGUAAUGAUCACUGUCUUGUCACAUGAUCUUUUAGGGAGGUACAACAAAAAGAAAUAUGUGUUUCCAUAUAAUUUUACUUCCAAAAUAUUGAGUAAAUCGUCUUUUGAUGAUUAUCACCUAAUUCUUUCUGUGAAAGAUUUAUUAAAACUCUUGACUAGUUUUCAGUCUGUCUCAUGUGUUGACAUGGAUGUUUAUCCAGUUUGCUGUCUCCCAUGUAAAACUUCUGUUUUGGGCACUAAGCAGCAGUGUGCAGUGCAAGCUAUUGUUAACAAUGUAGUUCAAUCUGUACAAUGGACUCAUUUUUCAAUAAACUCAAAGAUAAUUUCUA